AUGGUUGAGUUAGAUUUUUGUUCCUUUAACGUUCGGGGGAUCCAUAAUAAAUUGCCUUUUAUUAAGGACUUUGUGAAUAAUUAUCGCUUGGAUCUUUUUGUUGCAUUAGAAACCCGAGUUAAAGAAGGAAAUGCGGCGCGUAUAUCUUCUCAGAUUAACAGGCAUUUCAGUUGGUUAUUUAACUACCAACACCAUUAUAAUGGUCGUAUAUGGGUUGGUUGGAACCCAACCAUUUGGGCAGUGCAGCUUUUGUCCUCCUCUGCUCAGCACAUUUGUUUUUUGGUUACGAGAAUAGUGGAUCAAGUUUCUUUUGUGAUGACUACAGUAUAUGCGUUUAAUGAAUAUGCGGCUCGUCGUAGCCUAUGGGAUGAACUUGCAGGAAUUCAAGAGCAAUGGGUGACUGAACUUGAGAGACCAUGGUGCAUUUUGGGUGACUUCAACAGUUUUAUUAAUAUGAACGAGACCACUGGCCCUCCUCCUCGCGCUUAUCAGGGUAUUUCGGAAUUUAGGGACUGUGUUAAUAACAUUGGUGUCACGGAUCUACGCUUCUCUGGUGAUUUCUUUACUUGGAGAGAUAAUAAUCUUGAAGAUAUCCUUCUGCGUAAACUUGACAGAGUUCUCGUUAAUGAUAAUUGGUUGGCUAGUUUUGACCUCUCGCAAGCUAUUUUCUUGCCUCGGGGCUUGUCUGAUCAUAGCCCUGCUGCUGUGAGUUUGGGCCUUCGUAGAGAGCGUAUCUUUAAACCCUUCCAGAUUUUCCAGCAUCUGAUUGAGCACCCGGGUUUUCUUCAGGUUGUUAAAGAUGCUUGGUCCAUUGAAGUUCAGGGGGAUCCUUGGUUCGUUCUCACCUCGAAGCUCCAAGGUGUCAAGAAAGGUCUCAAACGGCUAAAUUCUAGCACUGGUGAUCUGCAGGAUAAUGUGAAUCGUGCCAGGACUGAGCUUUCACUCUUUCAAAGUAAUAUGCCAAGUAACCCUGACCGGGACUGUCUAUCUCAUGAGCUGCUUCUUAUGGCUCAAUUUAAUAAGGCUUUGGCUACUCAGGAGACCUUUCUCAAGCAAAAAUCAAGGAUAAAAUGGCUUAAUUGUGGGGAUAAUAACAACAAAUUCUUCUUUAAUUGCUGCAAAGCUCGGUGGAACAACAGGAAAAUUUUAGCUCUCCAAAGUAAUGGUCAUAUGGUCCAUUCUCACAGGGAAAUCUCGACUGAAGCUGUGAAUUAUUUUACAAAUCUGCUUGGUUGUGACAGACCAGUUCUCCCGAUUUUAAAUGAUCUUUGUUUUAAUCGUCUCUCUGAGGAUCAAUGUAGUACUCUGAGCAGAGACUUCUUGAAUGCAGAUAUUAAGAGUACCUUUAUGCAUUUGGCUAAGCUUAAAAGCCCUGGUCCCGACGGGUGGACCGCUGAAUUCUUCAUUGCAGCCUGGGAAGUAAUUGGUGAUGACAUUAUUAAGGCUGUCAACUAUUUCUUCCACGAGCUUCACCUCCCGAAUAUUGUGAAUUCUGCUGCAUUGGCAUUAAUUCCAAAAAUUCCGAAUGCUUCUUCUAUGAACCUGUUUCGUCCAAUUUCGUGUUGCAAUGUCCUUUAUAAGGCUAUCACCAAGAUGUUGACACAUCGUAUGAAGAAUAUAAUGUCGGACCUGAUCUCUCCCAAUCAAGUGGCAUUUGUUAAAGGUCGAAAGAUUGGAGACCAUGUAUUACUUGCUCAAGCGCUUUGUAAGGACUACCAUCUCAAUUUUGGCCCUCCAAGAAUAGCUUUUAAGCUUGACCUUACCAAGGCAUUUGAUACAAUUAACUGGCAGUUCCUCUUUGAUGCUUUAGAGCUUUAUGGUUUCCCCUCCAAGUUCAUCAACUGGAUCAAAGCUUGUAUCACUGGUUCUAUGCUCUCCAUUAAAGUCAAUGGUUCGCUUGAAGGAUACUUCAAAUGUAAGUCGGGUCUCAAACAAGGUGAUCCCCUCUCCCCUUAUUUGUUUGUCCUAGCUAUGGAGGUCUUGACAGCGUGUAUUAAUCUUAAGACGAGGAGUGGUGAUUUUAAAUAUCAUUGUAAAGCAAAAGAGGCUGGUAUCACGAAUCUAAUCUUUGCCGAUGAUGUUAUGCUAUUCUGCAAGGGGGAUAACAAUUCGGUUCAGAUUAUGUUAGAAGCUGUGGACCUUUUUUCUCGCAUGACAGGGCUGUCUCCCAAUAAGUCUAAGUGUGUUGUAUUUUUUGGUAACGUUCCUUCUCUUACCCAGGACUUCGCCAUUGCCACUUCUGGGUUUAAUCGAGGUUAUCUUCCUGUUACAUACCUCGGUUUGCCUCUCAUCUCUGGGAAACUUAAUGAACGAGAAUGUCAGCCUUUGAUAUCUAGAAUCUGUGGGAAGUUUGAAGCUUGGGGUAAUACUCAUAUUAGUCAGGCAGGGCGUGCUCAACUCCUCAAGUCUAUCAUCUUCGGAAUUCAAGGUUUCUGGUCCCAAUACCUCUUCUUGCCGAAGAAGAUUCUCAAAAGGAUUCAGAGUCUCAUGUCUAAAUUCUUAUGGAAGGGUGUGCUUGACGGACGAUGUAUCUAUAAAGUCUCCUGGUCUCAUUGUUGUUUUCCUAAAACCGAGGGGGGACUCGGCUUCAAGGAAUUGCUGGGCUGGAACCAAAGUGCAAUUUGUCACCAACUUUGGAGAAUUAUUCGUAAAAAAGAUGACUCCCUCUGGCUGAAAUGGGUGCACAAGAGUUUGCUUAAAAGGAAAGGAAUCUGGACUAUGAGUAUGCCUGGUAAAUGUUCGUGGGCAGUUCGGAAAAUUCUCAAUGCAAGGAGCCUGGUCUUGAGGCACAUUUCUUACAAAGUUGGGGUAGACUCUGAUUUCCUUUUGUGGCAUGAUCCGUGGGGAGGCCCUCAUACUAUGUUGCAGGUUCUGGGUACAAGAGCUAUCUCGUCUCUGGAAUCAUUUUCCAUGGCUCCUCUUCGUUCCAUCAUUCGAGAUGGCCAUUGGUUUUUGGGCCCCUCGAACGAUAUGACUGUCAUCAAUCUUCGUCUACGCUGUGCUUCAGUUGCUAUUCAUGACGAGGAAUCUGGGACGACCUUCGCAAUCAUGGUGCAAUGCCUCUGUGGUAUCAUUUUGUUUGGUGCAAAUUCCGUGUCCCAAAAGUUGCGUUUACAGCUUGGCUAA